UUUCUGCUUUUCUUGAGAGGGUGGGUUGCAUGUCAUGCCAGCGUUGCUUGCCUUCUCCUUUUCAGUUACACGUACCUAGACAACACAGUGUGCACCAGCCAAAUUCCCCUCACAGCAGGACUACAGACGAGGGUCGUCAUAGGAGGCGUCAUUGCAUCGACAGCCCGAGCUAUCAUCGAGUGCCCCUUAGAGUAUGCUAAGAUAAGCCGCCAAAUAGGUCAGACGUGGACGCUGCGCAACGUUUACACGGGAUUUGGCGUGACAUGGAUGCGAACAGUGGGGCUCAUGACGUCGUAUUUCAUCUUUCUGGACUCUGGGCGACGCAACUUCAGUGAGUACUUCCAGCGGCCCUUGCUGGGACCAUUCCUGAUCUCGGGUCUGGCAGCAACCGUCGCAUGGUGGAUCGUCUGGCCACUGGAGUACAUGAAGUCCCAAGUACAAGGACACUAUGGACAAAAUGUGUCUCUCCUCCAGCGAAUGCAGUCUGUCUAUAGGCAGAAAGGUGGCUUCACUGCCAUGUACCGUGGUCUUGCCCCUGGAUCGAUACGAAGCUUUGUCGCUAAUGGGACCAGCAUGAUCGUCAUGAGCUAUGCACAACGAAAGGUCACCGAACUGGGCCUUAGGGAUUGAUGCUCUACAAGGCAGUGUGCUAAUCUGCAUUUAUUCGCCCAAUGUGGUCCACUGCACAAGCUCACAGCAUUUCACGCCGCUAAGUGCUGAGUCAUUUUUUUAGAUGUGCCUGUUGAGACAGAUGGAUGUUUUUCUCUUAUCUGUAAAAUUUACUCUUCAUUUUGAAGCAGUGGGGACGUCUUUUGUGUUCUUGUUCUGCCAGGUUUCUUCGUUUCCAAUGCCAUUUCUGUGGCUGUGCGCUUAGCAUACUUAUUGUGUCUUUACGAUAAAGUGCCUGUCAGGCUCGCAAAGCCCCAUAAGUGAAGUGAAAACGAAUGUGUGCGCUUACGUUUGUUUUUCACAAUCUUCCAAAAACCUGGGUGGGGCGUCUUGAGUCUUUCAUAUACUGCGCUGGUACCUUAGUUUGUAAACGCUUGUUGAUAAACGGGUCACUUUGAAUGAAGUAUUGACAAAUUUUUACCUCGGUCGGCAAACUUCACCUAAAUGAAAAGUGAUCCCUAGAAAGUUGCCUACUCUGCCAUCUACUGCCUCCAUUUAGUUGUACUUAAAACAUUUAUUUAAGGGCAGCAUUACCACAACACAUUUGUUCAUCUUGCACUGUAUGUCAGGCACAUGGAAACCACUCCUGGAAUGCAUCUGUCAUGAACUCAUUUAUUGGCAGCUGUAAGAGCACCUCUGUUGUUAGUAAAAAGCAUGUGAUCUUUUUAGUUGCAAGUUAAACUACUUAUUUUGUAUAAGCUAAACAGAUUAACCAUGAUUUGCUCUGUUAUCAAUUGGAAACUGCUUUGGUUCACAAUUUUGUUAAUGGUGAGGGUCAUGGAACUACGCGGGUCAAACAAGAUACUGUAGUACAAAUGUUGUGUGAAUUAACGACGCAGACAUAAUGUAUCCAAAGCAUCAACGUACCUUUUCGUUAUCCAAGUACUAAUAGGUUUUUCUUGCAUGUUGUCCAUGUGCUACAGUCACCUGAAAAGUGCAUUUGUUGAACUGAAGUGGGAUGUGUCUACUUUACCUGCAGCCUAAGUAUUCUGCCUGUGAUACAUUUUGAAGCAAUAGGGAAAGAGAUGUGCUCGUUUUAUACUGCUGUUGUUACUGUUGCACUAAUUGUUGCAUUUUUAUAUUUUGUGUUUCUUGUACAUAUGUAUUGUAAUGGGAAGCACUUGAACUAUGUUCAACUAUUUUUAUAAUUUUCUAUACAGAACAAGCUUUUUAAUACUUCUUUAUUGCCUUCAAUGCUCUCUAUUUGUCGAAUUCGCAAUGGCUCAAGCUACAAAUGACAGUGCCCUAAAAUUCUGCACAGCUCGAUAUGUUCAUUUUGCAUGGAACAUUAAUGAAGGAUGUGACUCUCAUCUCACAAAAAAGGAAAGUUAGAAAAAGUUUCUUGGUAGCAUUGAUAAAAACUGCCAUAUCUUAACUGCAAUACCUCCUCGACAGUGUGACCAAAUGCCGCAGUCUCAUCAGAAAGCCUUAUUCUUCAUCUUCAAAUUUGCCAAUUCAGCCAUCUCUCCCCAAGGAAACAAGCGAGGCACAAGUGGACACUUGAGUGUUACAAAGUCUCUGAUUGACCGUGUUUUCCACUUCAGGUGCACUUGGCCAUUGGUGAUGCAUGUUGCACUUGCUCUUAGGAAAGUAGCAGUGUGCCCUUAAGGGGC